AUGGAUCAAGAAGACCCUAUCACGCAGUUCUUUCCUGGCCAAGAGGAUGUAGACCUGUACGCGGUCCUCUCACUUGAAUCAUCUGCGACACCGGACGCCAUUAAGAAAGCCUAUCGUCGACUCGCCCUUGUACAUCAUCCUGACAAACAUGUGAACUCCUCUGAAGAGGCGCAUGCGGACGCUUCAGUCAAAUUCCAGCAGGUUGGAUUCGCUUAUGCUGUCUUGAGUGAUGAGAAACGACGCGCGAGAUAUGACAAGACUGGUCGGACAGAUGAGGGCUUUGAAUUGCAGGCGGGUGAGGAUGGGUGGGACGCGUACUUCUCGGACCUAUUCGAUACGGUCACAAAGGGCAAGCUGGACGAGUUGAAGAAAGAGUAUCAAGGCAUGUGCUCCGCUGAAGAGGUUGAGGAUAUAAAACGCGCCUACCUUGAGACUGACAGCACUAUUGGCGAGAUCAUGAAUCACAUACCCCACUCCACUUUCGAUGACGAAGCGCGCUUCAUCGUUCUGAUUACCCAACUCAUAAAAGACGGUGAACUCCCCGUGUCCAAGGCGUGGGAGAAGAGCGUCAAAGACGAAAAAGCGAAACUUGUUCGUAAGAAACAAGGCGAGAAGGAGGCCGCGGAAGCGGAAGAGCUCGCGAAGGAGCUUGGUGUAUGGGAUGAAUUCUAUGGAAGUGGGAAAGCUGGUCCAAGGAAGACGAAGGGAAAGAGCGCCUCGAAGGACGCAGAUGCGAAUGGAGCGGAUGACGAUACCAACAUCUUACAGGCGCUCAUCCUGAAGAAGAAGAAAAACAUGGACGGAUUCUUCGAUAACCUUGCUGCGAAGUAUGCUGAACCUGAACCGAAGGGAAAGGGUAAGAAAGGCAAGAAGCGAGGGAACGAUGAGGAUGAUGCGUCUACAGGGAAGAAGUCGAAAGCAGCGCCACCGGAAAUUGAUGACGAGGAAUUCGAGAAAUUGCAGCAAAAGCUGUUUGGAGGCAAACAGAAUGGGUCAGAGCAGGAGGCGACUGGGAAGAGGAGGAAGGUGUCAGCAAGGGGCGGCAGAGGAAAGGCAGCCAAGUAG